UGACUGACAGACAACAACAGCUCAAACCGGCCAAACCGAUUCUAAGUUCAGCUGUUUCUUUCCUAAUGACAAAGAGAAGAAAUGAUUUGAAGACGUUUGAUCAACCAGUUUGAAGAUCUGUUCUGAGGAAUUUGGAAAGCUUUGGUCCUGAAGGCACCAUGAAAAGUCUGGACAAGUUCUUGUUGAUAUGUUGCUUUUACGGCCUGAGUACAUUAGGAGAAGCUGUAGAUCAGGAGCAGCAACUGAUGAAGACCAUCUUCACUGGAUACGACCUGAAGGUCCGACCGGCUCGCAGCACAGAAGACAGGGUGGUGGUCCGGGUGGGGAUGAUCCUCUCCUCCUUCGUUGGACUGAACAUGAAAAAUGAAGAAAUGAGCACAAUUGUUGUCAUGAAUCUGGAGUGGACGGAUUAUCGGCUGAUGUGGAAACCCAAGCAGUACGACGGAAUCCAAGUGUUGAGGGUCCCCUCUGCUAAAGUGUGGCUCCCUGAUAUCGUCCUCAUUAAUAAUAACGAUGGUGUGUUUGAUGUGGCCCUGCACGUCCACGUUCAGGUCUACAGCACCGGACGGGUCACCUGGACGCCCCCUGCUCUCUACUGCAGCUCCUGUGGAGUAAAGGUGACAUAUUUCCCGUUCGACUGGCAGAACUGCUCCAUGCAGUUCCGCUCCUACACCUACGACUCAACGGAGAUCGACCUGCAGUACGCCCUGGACUCCAGAGGCAAGGAGAUCCGGGAGAUCCAGCUGGACGAGGCCUUCAGCGAGAGCGGAGAGUGGGAGAUCCGUCACAAGCCGAGCAGGAAGAACAUGAACGACGACAUGUACGAGGAAAUGACCUUCUACCUGAUCAUCGAGAGGAAGCCUCUGUAUUACAUCAUCAACAUCAUCAUCCCCUGCAUCCUCAUCACCAUCAUCGCCAUCUUUAACUUCUACCUGCCUCCGGACGCAGGUGAGAAGAUGGGUCUGUCCAUCAACGUUCUGCUGACCCUCACCGUCUUCCUGCUGCUGCUGGCCGAUAAAAUCCCAGAGACCUCGCUGGGCGUCCCGAUUAUCGUCAACUACAUCAUGUUCACCAUGAUCCUGGUCACCUUCUCCGUCAUCCUCAGCGUGGUCGUCCUCAACCUGCACCACCGCUCGUCCAACACACACACCAUGCCCAUGUGGGUGCGCAAGAUCUUCAUCCACAUGCUGCCUCCGUACCUGUUCAUGCUGCGACCAAAAGUGGAAACCCCGCUGUCCCUGGAGGUCAUGCCCCGUCGAGAGAAAAAGAUCUUCACCAUCAGCAAAGCUGCCGACGAGUACUUCAUCCGAAAACCCGACCUGUCCGUCUUGUUCCCCAGACCCAACAGAUUCCAGCCCGAGGGUCUGUGCACCGACUUGAGGAAGUUCAUCGACGGCCCGAGCUCGUACCUCACGCUGCCCGACGAGCUGAAGUCAGCCAUCGACGCCAUCACCUACAUCGCCGAGGCUCUGCAGGCCGAGAAAGAUGACGAAGCUCUGAAGGAGGACUGGCAGUACGUGGCCAUGGUGGUGGACCGGAUGUUCCUCUGGAUCUUCGUGAUCUUCACCACGGUGGGCACCCUGGCCAUCUUCAUCACUGCCAGCUUCAACCACACGCCCACCGACCCGUUCAAAGAACCCUGAGGAACCCAAGUGUUGGGUUUUCAGAAGAACCCGUCGAUCAUCAACUGCAGCGUUUUUGUUUUAAUGAGUUCCUCUCUGCAUGAAUCCUGUAAAUUAUUGAGUUUAUGAACGUUUUUAAUUCACCAGUAUUAAAAAUAUUUGAUUAAUUUUA